AUGGAACAACCUCUUGGGUAUAUUGACCCUCACUUCCAUAAUCAUGUCUGUCAGAUGAAGAAAGCUCUUUAUGGCCUCAAACAGACUCCUCUUGCCUGGUUUCAGCAAUUCAGCUCUUUUCUCAUUCAACUUGGUUUUUAUUGCAGUCGUGCCGACACAUCACUCUUUUUCUUUCACAAGCAGUCUGACAUUAUUUAUUUGCUUCUUUAUGUUGAUGAUAUCAUUAUUACAGGUAACAACUCAUCUCUUCUUGCCAGCUUUACUCGUAAGCUUAAUUCUGAGUUUGCUACUAAGGAUUUGGGUUCUCUCAGUUACUUUCUUGGUCUGGAAGCUACAUCCACCACUGAUGGUCUAUUUAUCAGUCAACUGAAAUAUGCAUGGGACAUCCUCAUGCUAGCUCAGUUACUUGACAGCAAGCCUGUUCACACUACCAUGGUUGUUUCUCAGCACCUGUCUUCUGAUGGUCCUCUGUUUUCGGAUCCUACUCUUUACCGAUCUCUUGUUGGUGCUCUCCAGUAUUGGACUAUCACGCGUCCCGAUAUUGCUUACGCUGUAAACUCUGUCAAUCAAUUUUUGCACUCUCCGACUGAAGACCAUUUUCUUGCUGUCAUGCACAUUUUUCGCUAUGUUAAGGGUACACUGCAUAUUGGCCUCACUUUUCAUCCAUCUGUUGCUCCUGGUGCUUUAGUUGCUUACUCUGAUGCCGACUGGGCAGGAUGUCCUAACACUCAUCACUCUACCUUUGGUUAUUCUAUUUACCUUGGCAACAACUUGGUUUCUUGGAGUGCCAAGAAGCAACCUAUUGUUUCUCGUUCAAGUUGUGAGUCUGAGUAUUGUGCCCUUGCUCUAGCUGCCGUUGAACUUCUUUGGCUGACGCAUCUCCUUCAUGACCUUAGAAUUUCUCUUCCACAACAACCUCUUCUCCUAUGUGACAAGAAAAGUGCUAUUUUUUUUAGCUCCAACCCCAUCUCUCACAAACAAGCCAAGCAUAUUGAGUUAGACUACCACUUUCUUCAUGAACUUGUUGUUGCUGGCAAACUUCGCACCCAGUAUGUGCCCUCUCACUUACAGGUUUCUAAUAUCUUAACCAAAAGUGUGCCUAGGCCUCUCUUUCAAUUUUUCCACUCCAAGCUCCACGUCUGUUCAAAUCCAACACUCAACUUGCGAGGGGGUGUUGAGGCCUUCCAUAUGUGCAUCCAUUGA